UUCGCAGCUACACGUGUUUUAAAUCAUAAGGUGCGGUGUGUUGGAUUGAUUCUUUUUACCUAAUCACUAAUAAAUACCUAAGUUCCUACGUUGGUAUAAACAAAAACUAGGAAUAAUUUAUUCAUCGAAAAAUGUUCCCUGGACAGAACAUGUUCCUAAUUAUUAUUUUAUGUUUGUUUGGCAUUUCGCGAUCAUAUCUUCUUUUUCCAAAACUGUCCGUCCUGCAGAUAACAAUGUCCAUUUCAACACCAGUUUUCGUUCCGAAUCAGAAAAUGUAUUUCGAUUGGGGAUUUCAAAUGAAUUAUGACCUUCCAGCCAAUUUGUCUUCCUUCUAUUCAGUUCCAAUUUGGCCAGGAGCAUUUAAUAAGAGACUGUCCAGAGACAUUGACCAUUCGAAGUAUCAAGUUCUCAAUGAAGGAGUACAUUCAAAUGAUUUUACUGCCGGUGAAUUAUAUAUUGGAUUUGAAGACUUGCUUUUGAGCUAUGGAUUUCAUGAAACAUGCUUGUUGAAAAGUGUAUGUGAAUUGGCAAAACAUCCUUUCCAUGAUGAUGAGCAAAAUUUAAUUACGGAAAUUGUGACAUUUAUUUUAAGCCCUUCAAUGCACCAAGCCUUUGGAAAAAACGAACAUGUAUAUAAAGAAGCAUACGAGGAAGCUGAAAAUCAAGGAUUUUUGAAUGGAAACUGUGAUAAACUAUAUCCACACUGUAAACAAGGUUUCCUUGAAAUCAUAUCAAAUAUUAUAACAGAUAAAGAUGCACUUCAUUAAAUAAAGCUUUUUAAUUUCUUUUAACUAAAGGUGGUAUAUUAAACAAAGAUUAAAUCCACAGACAUAGACAUUUUAUAAUAACCACUCAGUUUAUAAAGUCUAAUGAUAAAAAGUAAUCAUUUUACAAAUUUUUCAAACAAAGAGCAAUACCUAUAAAGGAAAGAAGAAGAAUUAUUGAAGUAUUUCCUUGAAUUUAAAUCUAAACAGCAUCGGAAAUUAAAACCGCAAAAAUUAAUUUAUUCUCCAAAAUAGUUCUUUGAGCUCAAAACAUUCUACUCAGUUUAUAUUUCUUCGGUCUUCCGUUUACCAGGAAAGUGACAACAUUUCUUGAAUUAAUUUUGCCGUCACUAUAACCCAAAUGAUAAAGUUAGAACUUGCUGUAAUAUACCUAUUAGGCAUUUCCUCCGCCUACAUUAUUCCAUCCCUUGUUUUAUUCUAACACAAAUAAUACUGAAAGAGACUCAAGAGCAAUAACCAUUUAACCCAGAUCCUCAAGAUGAAGAUGAUUAUUAUGAUGAUAACGAUGAUGACGAUGAUGAUGACGAUUAUUUAUAGGAGGAAAACAAUCGAUUCUGUGAGAAUGUUAAAGAGUCUUGAAAAUCAAAUAA